AUGAAGCUCGCCACCGGUUUCCUGCCUUAUAUCGGGAUCGCACUUUCCGCUAGCACCUCGACCAAAGUCAAGCUAGACAACCGCAAAGAACCGGCACUAUGCCAUGUUGUUAUUGUUAAACCCGCACAAAUCCGUCAUCCACUCGAUACGUGGGUGGAGACGUUUGCCUGGGUUAAAGCCGGAAAGGUCGUGGAAUGGCACAGUCCGAAGUAUGGUUCGGUGAAGGUUAAAACUGACGAAGAUGAUUGUCAUUUGACAUUUCUGGUAAAUGAGCUUAUCAACGGCUACACUUGCCAGUUAAGCCGCUAG